AUGGACGCCGUACAAGACUGGGCCAGCUACCUCUUCCGCCAUGGCUACCUGACUCCUAACCUCUUCGGCCCUCUCUCAACCCUCAACAAUAUCUUCCACAACUACCUCCUCCCCACCUUCCAGUCCUUGCUCGAGAAGCCCGACUUGACCAAGAUCGCCCUCAUGCUCGUCAUCCUCUACAUCUCACUCAAACUCGUCAACAUGCUGGUCCAAAGCGUGCUCUUCUGGGUGCGACUGGCUUUCAACAUCGCCUUCUGGGGUGGCCUUGUGGUGCUUGCUUUCUGGCUGUCGCAAAGAGGUGUUGAUGGCGCGGCUGAGGAUGUGGGUUAUUGGUAUAGGAUGUGGAAGGGAGAGCUGAACUAUUACAAGAGCCAGGCGGAGCAGAUUGCUGAACAGCACAGUCAUGGAUAUGGCGCCAAGUCAGGCUACGGUGGUGGCUAUGGUGGUGGCUACAAGCCUGUCGCUUCCAAGAAGCAGUGGCCCUUUUGA